UUUAUGUAGGCCAACUUGAGACGUGCGAGCGAGAUUGUUUGUAUCUUAUAAAAACGCCACUAUUCUAUUCUAGUUAGAAAUUGCGUGAAAUUACGAUUUACCACGUCUUAUUUGUCGAGCUUUAAACUUUAAAGUGCCGCGUAAGUCAUGAAGAAGCACAGAGAGCUAUGGAGAAUCGAUUCAGUAGCGUUUUGAACGACCCCUCCAGAUUUUCAUACGCCGAGAACAAUCUCCACAACGAAAGAUCUAAGACUCUGUUUGAGGAAAUCCGUGCCUCCAUAAACAACAAUGACGAAGAGGAUCGCUCCUUCUGGAGGCCUGUGCUUCCAUGGGGGGGCGUCUUCACCAUAAAGGCAGGACGGAAGGCCAUCUCAUGCAUCCCCCUGUACGUGGAGGUCCAGCUGAAAAACACAUGCACCAUUGAUGGCUUUCUUAUGAUCUUGUACGUGAUCCUGAGGGACAACCAGGGUUUCCACAGGGAGCUGGCUGUCUUCCUGGGCAAGCAGUUUGUGGAGCAUUUCCUCUACCUGAUGGACUCCUGUGAGUACACCACGGUGAAGAUGCUGUGGAUAUGGAACAGGAUGUCUAAGAGACAGUACCGCUCUGAGAUCCACAGGGCAGCCCUGGAGAUAGACCUGUUUGGGAACGAGCAUGAGAAUUUCACAGAGAACCUGGAGAACCUCAUGUCUACGACUCAGGAGAGCCUGUGCACCAACUGUGACUGUUCUGGCCGCUUCCAGAUCUUUAGGAAAACCACCAUCAACAUCAGCCCUCCUCAUGAACUUCCUCACAAAGACCCGAUUCAGUCAGCUGUGGAUGAGUUUUUCAGCCCCAAGCUCCUGCUCUGCACAGAACAAGGGUGCAAUGGACUAAGGGAGUUCUCUCAAAGGCUUUUCUGCCAUGGACCUCCACCCUUUGUUAUCCUCAACAUGCAGCAGUGGAGGUCAGAGGAUCUGUCCUAUGUCCCUUACCAUCUGGCUCUUUGUCAGCACAGAUAUUUACUAGAGGGCGCCACACUCUUCAACAAGCAGGAGCAUCAUUACUCUGCAGCCUUCCAGAUAGAUGGCUGCUGGAUGCACUAUGAUGGGCUGAGAAGUGAUAAUCUGAUCCUGCUAAACAAACCACCGGAGCUCCUGCUGCUGUCCUCCUUGGUCUACAUCCGCGCAUCAGACAAAUGACGCUCGCCACAGAUGGACCAGAAGUCACACCAAACGCCCAAAAAAUGCAUUGAAUGCAUCAGACUUACUUUUUUCAGAGCUAAUUCCUAUUAUUGGCAUUUUUGCU